UCCGCCGGUGAUGAGCGAGUGUGCGUGGCUUUUAUUUUGGUGGCAAAAAGUUUAUUUUCAAUUUACAAGCAGGACACAGUCGCAGAGACGGAAUUCAGGUGUCCGGUUUUGUGUGCGUGGAUAAUCUGUCAUUCCUCUGUGUGAGUUUCUUGGUCUCUGAGCAAAUAUUCGUCAAUUUUCCUUCAGGAUAGCAGCAUAAUUUUUUUUCUGAGAGCUAACUGGACAAAGCUAGUGAAAUCUAAACAGAAGAGUUCUAACGCUAUUUUAUUGUAUACGACACAGAAGCAGCUGACCAACACAACUGACCAACACAACUGCCCGUCACAACUGACCAACACAACUGACCAUCACAACUGACCAUCACAACUGACCGCCAUGGCUGACACUGAAACCCCUGCGGCACCAGCCAACGAAGAAACAACAGAAAACCAGGUGGAGGAGACCCCGACAGAAAACUCCACCUCGGCUCCGGCUGUGGAAGCUGCGGCUCCGGCUCCCGAGAAGCCGGCGGCCGUGAACGAGGCCCAGGCCUUGUUCAAGGCCCUGACGGCAGCCACCGACUGCCGCUCCCUGCUCCACAAGCACCUGACCCAGGCCGUCUUCGACAAGAUCAAAGACAACAAGACCAAGCUCGGUGGAACUUUAGCCGACUGCAUACGGUCAGGAUGCGAAAAUCUAGACAGUGGUGUUGGGAUCUACGCCUCCGACCCAGAAGCCUACAAGGUGUUCGCUGAAGUUCUUGAUCCAGUUAUCAAAGACUAUCACAAGCUACCAGAGAAGAAAAACAUCCACCAUCCUAAUUUGCACUUCGGAGAUGUUGACAAAAAUAAGUUUGAAGACCUUGACCCUGAAGGCAAGUACGUCAUUAGCACUAGGAUCAGAGUGGGGAGGUCACAGGAUGGAUAUGGGUUUCCUCCCAUUCUUUCACUGGAAGACCGUAAAGAGCUUGAGAAGAAAGCAGUGGAAGCCCUCAAUGGGUUGAGUGACGAGCUGAAGGGCACAUACCACCCUCUCACUGGCAUGGAUGAGGAAACACAGACAAAGCUGACCCAGGAUCAUUUCCUAUUCAAAGAUGAUGACCGGUUCCUGAAGGCAGCUGGUGGCUACAAUGACUGGCCAACAGGGCGUGGCAUCUACUUCAAUGAAAACAAAACUUUCCUGGUGUGGGUCAAUGAAGAGGAUCACCUGAGGAUUAUCUCUAUGCAAAAGGGUGGAGACAUAGGGGCAGUGUACAAAAGGCUUGUAGUGGCUGUGAAAAAAUUGGAAGAGAAGUUGAAGUUUGCUCGUGAUGACCGACUGGGUUAUCUAACUUUCUGCCCCACAAAUCUGGGGACAACCCUGCGAGCAUCUGUCCACAUCAAGAUUCCCAAUCUUUCUGCCUCAGAGAAAUUUAAGUCCAUUUGUGAUAGUCUCAAUCUACAAGCUCGAGGUAUUCAUGGUGAGCAUACUGAUAGUGAAGGUGGAGUUUAUGACAUCUCCAAUAAAAGGCGCCUGGGUCUGACUGAAUUCCAGGCUGUUCAAGAGAUGUAUGAUGGGGUUAAGGAAAUCAUAAAGCAAGAAAAGGAGAUGGCUUGGCGACCACAAAAUCUGGAUGAAAUGUUUGAACAUGUUAACAAAGCUAAAAAUUGUAAAUCUCUGCUCAAAAAAUAUCUCACCAAAGAUGUGUAUGAGAAGUUAAAAGAUAAGAAAACUGCUAACAAUGCAACUCUUGGAGACUGCAUCAUUUCAGGUGUCUUGAACCUGGACAGUGGAAUUGGACUGUAUGCAGCAGAUCCAGAGUGCUACACAGAGUUUGCCCUCUUGUUUGAUCCAGUGAUCAAGGAAUAUCACAACAUCAGGUCAACCAUAGCACAGCCAGCCAUAGACUACGGGGACAUAGAAAAACUUAAGACUUACGAGAAUUUUGACUACCAUCUUAUUGAUCCAAAAGCAGAGAUGAUUGUGUCUACAAGAAUCAGAGUUGCUAGAUCCCUUAAAGGUUUUCCUUUCCAUCCAGUACUUCGGAGCGAGGAUCGCAUUGAAAUUGAAAAAAAAUGUGUUGAGGCUUUUAACUCUCUGACUGGUGAAUUUAAAGGAACAUACUAUCCACUUUCUGAAAUGAGUAAGGAAACUCAGAAGCAGUUGACUGAAGAACAUUUUCUUUUCAACGACCAUGAUAGAUUUUUAAAGGCUGCUGGUGGCUACAAUGACUGGCCAACAGGUAGAGGAAUCUUUUUCAACGAAACCAAAACUUUCUUGGUGUGGGUCAAUGAAGAAGAUCACCUUAGAAUUAUCUCUAUGCAAAAAGGUGCAGAUAUUGUGACAGUCUACAAAAGACUUGUUGAUGGUCUCAAAUUAUUAGAAGAAAAGUUGACAUUUGCUAGGGAUGAUCGUCUAGGAUAUCUGAACUUUUGCCCAUCUAAUCUAGGAUCAACUUUAAGGGGUUCAUGUCUAAUGAAGAUCCCUCAGUUAUCUUCCAAGAGGGACUUCAAGUAUUUCUGUGAUAAGCUAAGAGUACAAGCCAGAGGUAUCCAUGGAGAACAUACAGAUAGUGAAGAUGGAAUUUUUGAAAUAUCUAACAAAAGACGAUUGGGUUUUAGCGAAGCAGAGGCUGUGAAGGACAUGGGAUUUGGUGUGUCUGAGAUUAUGAAGAUGGAAAGGGAAGCUGAAGUUUUCAAAACCAAGUCCUGUCAUGUCUUGUAAAUUGUGGGUUCCUCCCCUUUUUAUGGAAACUCAUUCUAAUUUUCUACUCUCUUAUACAUAAAAAUGGAAAUUAUGUGUUCAUUUUUAUAGUGAGUGUAUGCUAUUACUAAUUAGGCACAGUAACCUUAGUAAAAGAAAAACUUGAACAUUUUAUUUAGUUGUUUUUAUAUGUGUGCAAAAAUUUGUCCAUAAAAAAAGUGGAAAUUUUUAUUUCAUGAAAUACUUUUUUGGAGUUGUAAAUUAUCUGCAUGUAUUCAUAUUUAUUUUGUACACUUUGUAAGCUUUUAAGUACUAUUUAUGUAGAGCAGAAUUCAUGUAAUUAAAACUGGACUCGAGUGAGAGUAUUUGUUUAUAUUUUUGUAUUAUUUGUAAGGUAAAUAUUGUUGCUAUGCUAAAUUAAUUUGGAAUGGUAUUAUGUGAUACAUGUAAAGAAAAAUAUCAACAGAAACUUGGCAAGUAUCUGCGAACUUUAAUUCUCUUUUUAAAUUGCCUUAUAUAUUUUUUUCUGUUCCUGUGUUUUGAUGGAAUAGGUGUCAGCAUUCAUUCAUAGUUUUUAGUCAGUGCAUUGGGACCAGGUCAUUAUAAAAGACAAACUCUAUUGACACAGCUACACAUUUCAUAAUUUUGAUCAGGAUUAUCAAAUAGUAACCAAAUUUGAUGUUGUCACAAAAAGAGUUUUUGUAUUGAAUACCAUUUGAAUGUUUAUAAGACUAAUUUAACAUUAAAUUCUAUUGGAUGGUUUUUUUGGAAAACACAAAGAAAAAAGAAUUACCUUUGUAUUGCAGAUGAAGCAUUGCUUACUUCUAUAAAAUCCCUUACUAAUUAACUGUACAUCUUAAGUACUACAAAUAUGUACAUGCGUACAAUACAACAAACAAUUUUAUACUAUUUUUAUAUAUAUAAGAACCUUCUGUGAAAAAUCUUACCCAUAUAUCAUUAAUGAAUUCAGUUUAUUUCUUAACAACUUCAUGCUAAAAAAAACUAUAAUAAGUGUAAUUUAUGCAUGCUUAUUUUCCAAUCUUUUCUUUGUUAUUUUUAUUUUCAUAAAAACUUUUAGUGAACAAUGAGAAAUAUUUGACUAUACCCAUAGUGAAUUUAUUGCCAUCAUCAUAUGGAAUAUCAUACUGUUAUUGUCAAUACCUAGCAAAUCCCAUUUUCAUAUCUGAUAUUACUGAUAAUAAAUAUUUUCUCCUUUGAUUUACUUAUCAGUGUCUUUCCUGUUCUUGCCAAAACAGUUAAUGAAUACCAGAAAAAGAAAUUGCCUAUGAAAAGUCCAUAAAUAUACAUAGCAGCAUUGGUUUGAUAUCCCUGUUUAGAUCUAGUAUUUAAUAUACAAAUUAAAAUGUAUUUUCAAUGUAUUGGUUUUGUAACUAAUGUUACCACCUAAGAGCUGUCAUUUUUUUAACUGCUACAACUGGGAUGCAGCAAGUGCUUAUAAUAUGGUGCUACUGAUAUUUUCUGUGUAUAUUUUUGUAAUAUGCAUCAAAUUUAGCAGAAGCCUUUAAGCACAUCAUUCAAAUGAUAUAUACACUUUUUACAAUAUAACAACAUUAUGUAUUAGACUGUGCAUGUCUAAGAAGAACCAAGAAUUUUAUAAAGCAAACCAAAGUGCAUUGUUCAACCUUGAUAGCAGACCAUUCUACAACAUGAAACUUGCCAACAUUUUAAAAUGUAUAUAACCUUCAUUGCAUUAUUUUUUAACAUGCUUUUUUUUCAAAGCAAAAAUAAGAAAGUGAGCAUUUAAUUUUUUUUUAACAAUACUGUUCCUGUUAUUUGUUUGCAUAUCUAUGCACAAGAAAUAUCUUUGUUAAUUGGAAUUUUUGUUUCCCUUAUAUCUUGAAAACAUAAAGCAUUUACUUGAUGCUAAAAAGCAUUUACUUAAUGCUUAUCUGUGUGUACUAUCAAGAUUUUAAUGUUAAGUAUAAAGUGGUAUUUGGUACUGUUCUUGUGAGCUUUAUAUGUGUCAUCUAGUCUUAACAUAACUGCCUGUAUUCUACAAUACGGCUCCUCAGUAUUUGUAUCAACUAUUUGCUGAAUUAUUGUAAAAUAUCUAUAUAUACAUAUAUAUUUCUGGAUAUUUUUAAAAUACUGUACUAGUUUUUUUUUAUAAAUUAUACUACGAAUCAUGCAGCUCUGCUUUAUAUAUACUUAUUUUUUUUAAUCAUACUUCAAUGGAUGCAGGAUUAUUUUCAAUUAGUGAGCAAAACUAUGCUGUCUGCUUUAUUGUGCGCAGUUGCCUCAGGCAUUCUGCGUAUAACAUUAUUACUGCAAGUAAUAGAAUGUUAUUGACAAGUAUGUUUUGUAACUGUCACAUCUUUUGUAAUUAUAUCUUUGUAUUUCACAAU